UUGUAGCAUUUCUCAAUCCAUAAAGACCUACCCAAAACUAAAAGCCCUCUUUUCUCAUAAAAUCAGAAAUAAAUAAAGCUCCAGACAAAAACAAAAACUCUAAUGACAGACUAAACUCAAACCCCUUCUUUCUCUUUAUUCCGUCUUCUCUCUCUAUCUCACUGACUCGGAAGAAGAAAUCUCUCUCUCUCUCUCUCACACACACAGUAAGAAUCAUCCACAAUGGCAGAGAAGGAAGAACCAGAGGAGGAAGAAGAAGAAGUAAAAGUGCAAGUACAAACAGAAGAAAUGGAGAAUGUGAGGAAGCUUUUGAGCUCCUACAUUGGCGUGAGCUUCAGCGUCUUCUUGGCAUUGGCUCCCAAGAAUUGGAUGCAGUUACAGAAGCAAGCGAGGGAGCUUAAGGGGAGAUUGGCGCAAGCAGAGGACCAGUUGAGGUUGAUGAGUUCGAGGAGGAAGGAGGAUUCUAAGGCCAACGCCCGAGUGGUCGAGAUAUUCGCUAGUCACAGGAAUGCCUGGCAAGCCGAGGAGAAGUGGUUCCUCCACCAGAUCGAUGCCGCAAAACAGGAAAUCGCUCAUCUCAACGCGAGAAUCGCUGAGUUUGAGAAGUCCGAAGAUAGUUCCAGGGACCGAAUGGAUCAAUUGGAGAAAGAGCUAGCCGAGAGGGACGAGAUGAUCGGUUUCAUGUCGAGGCAUGGCGGGGCUGAGUUCGGGCCCAAGGAGGGGGAAGAGGACGGGAAUUUCGGAGAUGGAGAUGCUAGUGGUCUGUACGAACAGUUUCAACAUCGUUCUAGUGAGUUUGAUUCGGAGUUUCUUGCUUCGGCUUCCAAGCUUUCGACGGAAAGAGCCAUUCUCUGGCAGGAUGUACAGUAUGAAUCUGCCGAGUCAAUGUAUCCUAUGAAGCAUUUUGUUGCAAGACGGGAAUCCCCUUGGAAGGUCGAUGGAGAUUCAAGUGGGAUCUCCUCAAAGCUAAAGUUACUUGAACAAGAAUUACUGAAUUUGGAAAAAGUGGGAAAGAGUGAUGUAUUAAAGGCUCCAUCAUUGAUGAGGAAACAAGCGAAAAGAUAUCAAGCUCUUGCUGGGCAGAUAGAUGAGCUAUGCAGAACAAUGCAAGACAGUGAUCCCAGUGACCCCACUGUUAGUCUGGAUUUCCGUACACAGAGGCAGACGGAGUUUCUACUUGAAGCAUUUAGACUUCAGCAACGUGCAUCUGAAACCGGGCAGAAGCUGAUGGCAUUGCAAACCGAGAUUGGGAAGAGCUACUAUGGAGAUGAGAUGGGAAGCUAUGCAAAUAUCACCACAAAACGAUCAUUGGAUUCCAUUGGAAACAACUUGAAGGAGAUCCAGAGGAAUUUGGAAAUAUGGUUGGCCAGAAUCAUUGGAGAUCUUAAAGGCAUUCUAUCCAGAGAUGGCGUGUCUCGUGUAAAAGAGUAUUACCUUUCUGGAUAUCCCUUUGUCCAGUAGAAGCUAGAGUAUUAUCAAGAUCUGAGCCCGAAUGUCCUUCUUGUUGAAUGUCUUUCUUCACGAUCUUCCUCACUAUGAUUGAGGUACUACUUGCUGUCUGUGGGCACUACUCUAUCACUAAGAGGUUCGAAAUUUACAAUGAAGAAGAAGGAGAAGAAGGUGGCGAUUAGGUAUAGAGAGGAGGCUCAAGUUUUUCUCUGAAGGAAACAAGAUGUGAAAGUCACUUUUUCCUGAAGCCAUCACUAUCUAUUUAUAGCAUGCCACAUAGGGUUAGGUUUGAAUUAUUUGGCAUUAAAAUAAUGAAAAUAUUAAAAAAUAAACCCUACAAAGGUGGCCGGCCAUGGCUAGUGGAUUUGGGCCUCACUUUUGUAAUUUUACUGUUUUAUCAUUUCUGCAUCUCAUUUUCUCAAAAACGCCAAUUUUCAAAUUCAAUUAUUUAAAUGCCAA